AUGUUGUCUGCAUUCACUGCGCAGCCCAUUGUUGAGCUGAAGCAGCGGGACAAGUCCAAGAUUGAAUCCAUUCUCUCCCACAGUGACCAGCUACUUGUUGGCUUGAACACUGGCUCCCUCCGUAUCUACCGCGUCAAUAAUCCUCCCUCUCGAUCCUCGGAUACUGAGACCACUGCCACCGACCAAGCGCCUUCCAACGACCCAACCCUAGUCCCUCCUCCCAAGGCGUCGGAACUACUCCGCGAGUAUGAGAGGUUCUCCAAGUACAAGAUUGAUCAGCUUGCUGUUUUCCGUGAAGCAAAUAUCUUGAUAUCUUUGAGUAAUGGCUUUGUGUCAAUUCAUGACCUGGGGACCUACAAGUUGAAUGAGCAAUUGACAAAAACGAAAGGAGCCAGUAGCUUUGCGGCCACGAGCAACAUAGUCAAAGACACUCCGACCGGUGUGCCCACCCUUGUCAGUCGACUUGCCGUUGCUGUCAAGCGCAGGCUUUUGCUUUGGUCCUGGCACGAUGGUGAACUUGACGGAGAUGCUGCUGAGAUCGCACUGUCGAACAGCAUCAAAUCUCUAACCUGGGCGACCGGAACCAAGAUCGUGGCGGGAUUGAACGCGAACUAUGUCAUGGUCGACAUCGAGUCACAGGAAGUCAAAACUAUCGUGGGGCCUGGGAGUAUUGGGGGCGCGGCAGGACAGGAGAGCAGUAGACUGGGAGGCACCAUGAGUUAUAUCGGUAUGGGUGGAAUGGUGCCAACCCCACUCGCCACUGGACUCGGCGAGAAAGAAAUGCUUUUGGCCAAAGACGUCAACACGCUGUUUAUUGACAGAGAAGGCGAGCCCGUCAAUCGACGUCAGAUUCCGUGGCGCAUACCUCCUCAAGCGGUGGGCUACUCUUACCCAUACCUACUGGCCUUGCAAGAACCCACGAAAGGUAUUCUAGAAGUUCGAAACCCUCAGACAUUGACACUGCUUCAAUCUAUUGAACUUUCUGGGGCAGUCCUUCUCCAAGUACCCAAUCCCAACAUCAGUUUGGCGCAUCAAGGCAAAGGAUUCCUAGUUGCCAGUGAGCGCAGUGUUUGGCGGAUGCAGGGACUCAACUAUGACGCUCAGAUUGAUGCAUUGGUCGACGGUGGCCACCUCGAUGAAGCGAUCAGUCUGCUGGAUAUGAUAGAAGAGACUUUGGUAGAGAAUAAACCCGGACGACUCCGUGAGAUCAAAAUGCAGAAAGCACAGAAGCUCUUUGAUGACAAGAAGUUUCGAGAAUCGCUGGAUCUUUUCGGAGAGGUGUCAGCGCCGCCGGAACUUGUCAUCAAGCUCUACCCGGAAAUCAUUGCGGGCGAUUUAGCUGACGAGAAGUCGAAGGAUAGGAAAGAAGAUCCCGAUGCCGUCAAUAGUCAAGAGUCACCUGAAAAGGAUCAUAAGAAGAGCGAGUCAACAGCGAGCCCCGUCAAGAAAAUCAAGAGCGGUUUGUCAGACGCUGACACCAACAGCAUAAGGAGUGUUAGAACCACUGAGAAUGUGGGCUCUGACUCGAAUGCCCUUAGCGAGAAGGAGCUCAAGUUUGCAGUUCGUGAGCUUCAAGCAUUCUUAGCAGACGUACGACGGAGGUUGCAACGCUUCUUCAACGGCGAUCAAUCUGUCCGGGCGCUCUCAGAAGUGGAACUAGGGUCUCAAUCCGAAGAUAUCAAACAGAGCACGGAGUAUCUCCUGGGAUUGACCUCACUCAAUGACGUUGAUCUAUCGGACAAAUUGAUCGCAGUGGCCAGACUCGUAGACACAACACUUUUCCGGGCGCACAUGUAUGCAACUCCAUCCCUCGCAACAUCACUGUUCCGCAUCGCCAACUUUUGCGAUCCAGAAGUGGUAAUGGCGAAACUGGAGGAGACAGAACGAUACAACGAUCUCACAGAAUUCCUAUAUGGGAAACGACUACAUCGACAGGCGUUAGAAAGACUACAGAAGUUUGGACAGGCAGAUAUCGAUCCGCAAUUGCACGGGCCUGGCCGUACGAUAACGUACCUUCAGAACCUUGGACCCGAAUUGAUUGAUAUGAUACUUGAAUUUGCACAGUGGCCUCUGGAGACACAGCCUGAACAGGCGAUGGAGAUUUUCCUUGGUGAUACAGAAAAUGCAGAAUCUCUUCCACGGCAUAAAGUGCUGGGUUUCCUCGAACCGAUCAGCAAAGAACUUGCACAGAGGUUCCUGGAGCAUGUUGUGGAUGAGCUGAAUGACCUCACACCAGAUCUGCAUCAAAAGCUGGUGACGCUGUAUUUGGAGAGAUUGAAAGACGGCUCUCGAAGUGGAGGAGAAGAGAUUCUGGACAAGUUCCUCACUCUGCUGCGCACGUCGGAACAGUAUUCUCCUGCAAAGACACUUGGAAUGCUUCCUCGAGACGAGCCGACCUUCUACGAGGCUCGAGCAAUAUUGUUCAGCAAGAUGGGGAACCACAAACAGGCACUCGAGGUGUAUGUAUUCAAACUACGUGACACGGCAAAGGCGGAGGAAUACUGCAACCAGACGCACCUCGAGACCAGUUUGAAUGAUGAUGGCAAGGUAACAUCAUCACGUCGAAAAUCAACAACGGAUCCAGUGGACGAACAACCAUCUAUCUACCACAUACUUCUUAACCUCUAUCUAAAUCCGCCCAAGGGGGAAACCGCGAAGUGGGGUCCAGCAAUUGAAUUAAUGGCGCGACACGGGGCGCGUCUGCCAGCCAGCUCAACGCUGGAGCUGAUACCUGAGGAUCUUUUGGUUCGAGAGCUCGAGUUUUAUUUCCGAGGACGCAUGCGCAAUGCCAACAGCAUCAUGAAUGAGUCGAUGAUUGUGGCUGGGCUGAGAAAGGUUGAGGCGGUACGUGUGCAGGCGGGGCUGCUACUCGGCGAGGGCACGCAGUCGGGUGGUCGAAACCGCAAAGUGCGGGUGGAUGAGGAACGUGUGUGUGGUGUCUGUUAUAAACGACUUGGAGGCAGUGUCAUUAGUGUGUUCCCCGAGUAA